UGAUUGGCUCAGCAGCGGAGGCGGUGGUUUAGGGGGCCGAGAAUUCUGUAAGCCGGACACGUGGUAGCGAACUACGAGGAGUUUGAGGGGUCUCAAGGCGAAAACAUAUUGGGAGGUGUGCAGGACCUAGAGAAAUCUCUUAGGAUGAAGCUGAGUCUUACCAAGGUUGUUAAUGGCUGUCGUCUAGGAAAAAUAAAAAACCUGGGCAAAGCAGGGGACCGCACCAUGGACAUUCCAGCCUGCCUUCUGUACACCAAGACCGGCUCUGCCCCACACCUGACCCAUCAGACACUGCAUACUAUCCAUGGGCUUCCUGCCAUGGCUCAGCUUACGCUGUCCUCGUUGGCAGAACACCAUGAAGUCUUGGCAGAAUAUAAGGAAGGAAUUGGAAAGUUUAUAGGCAUGCCAGAAUCGCUCUUGUACUGUUCUCUGCAUGAUCCAGUCAGCCCCUGCCCAGCCGGUUAUGUAACAAACAAGUCUGUGUCCGUGUGGGGUCUUGGGGGACGAGUGGAAAUGAGUGCUUCCAAGUUCAUGGCAAUUCAGCAGGCCCUUCAGCCAGACUGGUUCCAGUGUCUCUCAGAUGGAGAGGCGUCUUGUGAGGAAGCCACUUCCAUAAAAAGAGCCAGAAAGUCUGUUGAUCGAUCGCUUCUAUUCCUGGAUAACUGUCUACGGCUACAGGAAGAGUCAGAGGUCCUUCAGAGAAGUGCCAUCAUUGGAGUGAUUGAAGGUGGAGACGUGAUGGAGGAGAGGCUGAGAUCAGCACGAGAGACGGCCAAGCGGCCCGUAGGCGGCUUCCUUCUGGAUGGCUUUCAAGGGAAUCCAGCAACCCUGGAAACUAGACUGUACUUGCUGUCAUCAGUCACUGCAGAGCUGCCAGAGGACAAACCAAGGCUUAUCUGUGGAGUCAGCCGGCCAGAUGAGGUCCUCGAGUGUAUCGAAAGGGGAGUGGAUUUAUUUGAGAGUUUUUUCCCUUAUCAAGUGACAGAGCGGGGAUGUGCCCUGACUUUCAGCUUUGAUUACCAGCCAAACCCUGAAGAGACAUUAUUACAACAAAAUGGGAUACAGGAAGAAACAAAAUAUGUGGAUCAAACAAAGAAGAUUAAAACAACCAGUUGCAACCAAGAAAUGACAUCAUUUGAAAUUAAUCUGAAGGAAAAAAAGUACCAGGAGGACUUUGAUCCACUUGUGAGAGGGUGUUCCUGUUACUGCUGUAAGAAUCAUACUCGUGCGUACAUCCACCAUCUGCUGGUGACCAACGAGCUGUUGGCUGGGGUCCUGCUCAUGAUGCACAACUUUGAACAUUAUUUUGGAUUUUUCCACUCCAUCCGGGAAGCACUAAAAAGCGACAGACUGGCACAGUUGAAAGAGCUCAUCCGCAGGCAAGCAUCUUGAGACCUGGCACACUCGAGUCUGACUCUGCACACUGAGCCUGUCCUGCUGUUGGAAUGUGGGAAGAAGAGAACAAGAAAUGAACUUGGCUUUAACCGUUUAUAUCGGAGAAUGAGAUCUGCCCAUAAUAAGGAACGUUUGAACCAAACUCUGCCCACUUGAGGCUCAAGAGAUUUCUUCUCAGGACUUAAGUGACCCAGACUGAUCAGAAAGAACUGAACCAUGACCUUUAGUAUUUCAGUGCUGACUCUUUUUUAGCAAAUGGAGAUUCGUUUAGUCAAAGACAAAAGCUUUAGUUGUGAAGGGACAGCCUUGAAGUGGGGUUGAUGAGAUUAUGUGGGUUCGUGAUGUUGGAUCAGAGCUUGAAAAGAUGAUUGGUCACGAGCAGCAUGACUGUUGACUGUAAAAGGAAUCUGGCUGAUUUAAGAGUUUCCUAGUUUUAAUCCUUAUAUUCUCAGGAGCAUCUUGGACACUUCUGCCUUCCCAGCUGCCUCCCUGCUGCAAUCAAUCAGAAAAGGCUCUUGUGAUUUAACUAGGCUCGAGUCUUCAUGGGAUGUGGGGCUCACACAUCACUCCUAGGAUCAUUUGGCCCAGGGCACGUGCUUUCAUUUGACCACAUGAUCUGUGUGUGACUUGUCUCCCGAGAGCCCAUGCAGUUGCCCGUUACGAGCCAAAAGUUUGCCUACAUGCUUUCGUCUGAUCAGACAGAUCCGCUGUGGUCUGCCCUUCAGGCUCAUUAAUAGUCUCGCCACGUAAUAACUGUGGCCCCAUCACUGGGGGAGAUUCACUCACCAUGUGUUCACUUGGAGGGAGCCCUGGCCCAGCAAUUGGAAGACUGGGUUUCAGUUCUGCUCAGCUGUGACACCAGGCAAAUCACUUACCCCCUCCAUGCCUAUUUCCUCCUGAACAAACAGGGACAGGCAGGGGGGUAAGAAUACAUGAACUUCCAAGAUUCUAUCUAGCUGUAAUGUGGGGGGAACAAAAAGUUUUAGAUUAUCUCUGCAGCCUUCUUGUGUCCUGAUCCCUGUUGGCCUGGUGUAAAAAUGGAGUGGUGCUGGGAAUCAGGCAAUAGUAGAGACGUUUGAGAGCC